AUGCGCCGAGUUGUCGUGACCGGCCUGGGGGCCAUCACGCCUCUCGGACUCGGAAUCCAGAGAACGUGGACUCGCCUCAUUGCCGGCGAAUCAGGCAUCGUCAGCGUUGCGGAUCGAGAGCCUCGAGAACGAUGGAGAGAGCUGACAUGCACCGUUGCAGGCGUCGUUCCGCAAGGGCCUGGCGGCAAGUCCCACGGCUUAUGGAAGGCUGGCGACUGGCUCAGUGCCUCGGAUCAGCGCCGCAUGUCCACCUUUACGCAGUUUGCAGUUGCGGCCAGUGACAUGGCCUUGAAAGAUGCCGGCUGGGAGGCACUGCGGCAGGAGGAGCAGGAGGCGACUGGAGUGUGCCUCGGGAGCGGUAUCGGGAAUCUGGAAGAAAUGUACGACACGAGCUUGGCUCACGGCAACGGCGGCUACAGAAAAGUGUCACCACUUUUCGUACCCAAGCUCUUGAUCAAUAUGGCAGCAGGGCACAUCGCCAUGAGACACGGCUUCCAAGGUCCAAAUCAUGCCGCCACCACAGCUUGCACUACAGGAGCACACUCCAUUGGAGAUGCUGCUCGGUUCAUCGCCCUGGGAGAUGCCGAUGUCAUGGUUGCCGGCGGAGCAGAAUCGUGCAUCCACCCUCUCACCUUUGCUGGCUUUGGCAGAGCUCGCUCGCUAGCCACGGCGUACAACGAUAAGCCACAAGCAGCAUGUCGCCCCUUUGACGCUGAUCGAGACGGCUUCGUUCUUGCGGAGGGUGCGGCGGUAUGUGUGUUGGAAGAGCUCGAGCACGCAAAGGCCAGAGGAGCCAAGAUCUAUGCCGAGAUAAGCGGAUAUGGCUGCAGCGGAGAUGCGCACCACAUGACGGCACCGCGAGAAGAUGGCCAUGGAGCGUAUCUAGCCAUGAAGAAGGCUUUGAAGAGCGCGGGCAUCAAGCCGUCGCAAGUCGACUACGUCAACGCACACGCUACAAGCACACAGGUGGGAGACAUGGCCGAAGCAGCAGCCAUCAAGCGCAUCAUGCUCGGCGAGGAGGGGGUUUCGUCCGAGUCCCAAGUCACAGUCAGCAGCACCAAGGGCUCAAUAGGGCAUCUGCUGGGUGCGGCGGGUGCCAUCGAAGCCCUAUUUUGCAUUCUGGCAAUUCACGAGGGAAUUGUGCCAGCUACACUGAAUUUAGAGAAGAAGAGUGUAGAUGCCAACUUCAACUUUGUGCCUCUGGCAUCUCAGGAAAAGGAAGUCAAGGUUGCACUAAGCAAUAGCUUUGGGUUUGGUGGAACCAACAGCACCCUUGUGUUUUCCAAGUUUGAGUGA